GGAAAGUGACAGGUUUUGUCACUGAGCUGUGGGAGGAGUUAACGAGGCGCAGGUGGGAGUGGUUCAGUAAUCACCGUGGAGGGAACUGUGGAUGAAGAACUGUGGAUGAAGAACUGUGGCUCUGAAGUACAGGACGUGGAGCACAGGGCGGAAAGACAAUAUCUGACACAAGAAAAAAAAAACCAGGAACCUAUAAUGAUGGACAGUGGGCAGAAACACCAAGGAACAAGACUGGAGCGGUGGUCUUUAACCCGGACCCUGAGCACUGAUUGGCCAUGUGGAUGCUUAGCAACCAAUUGGAGGGCAUGAGAACUACUAUUGCCACACACGGUGCACUGCACCACAACAGGGCAAAAGAGGUGCAGUAACCACGGCUGGACUGGAGGAAAGAGUCAUGUCGACAAUUCUGAUGGAGGAAAUCACAUGCUUAUCGCAGCGCCUCGGAGUCAAGUUGAUUGUGUCCACCUGCUCAUCAGACAGAACAGAUGCUCAAUCCUCAUCCCUGUGGGAUUUUACAGCAGUAACCUGCAGACCAUACAGGACCAGACCACCAGGCGUUGACACGGAAAAGCACCGCUGAUCCGGAGCAGGGAUAUCCCGUCUGCCAUCCAUCCGCACUUCCACCGCUGCACCAACGCUGACUGCGCUGCCCCGGGUGUGAAAACCAGACUGGCUAGAGCGUUACCUGCUGUUGUUGUCAAGGAAACAAACAGUCCUGUCCUGUUACUAUGGGGAAACAAAACAGCAAGCUGCGGCCAGAGAUGCUGCAGGACCUCCGGGAGAAUACUGAGUUCUCUGACCACGAGUUGCAGGAGUGGUACAAAGGUUUCUUAAAGGAUUGCCCCAGUGGAACACUGAAUGUUGAGGAGUUCAAGAAGAUUUAUGCCAAUUUUUUCCCCUACGGCGACGCCUCUAAGUUUGCCGAGCAUGUCUUCCGGACCUUUGACACCAACGGCGAUGGAACGAUAGAUUUCCGGGAGUUCAUCAUUGCCCUCAGUGUGACGUCCCGGGGGAAGCUGGAGCAGAAGCUGAAAUGGGCCUUCAGCAUGUACGACCUGGAUGGAAACGGUUACAUCAGCCGUGAGGAGAUGCUGGAGAUCGUGCAGGCCAUCUACAAGAUGGUGUCGUCUGUGAUGAAGAUGCCAGAAGAUGAAUCCACGCCAGAGAAGAGGACGGAUAAAAUCUUCAGGCAAAUGGAUCUCAACAAUGACGGCAAACUGUCCCUUGAGGAGUUCAUCAAAGGUGCCAAAAGCGACCCCUCCAUCGUCCGGCUACUCCAGUGCGACCCCAGCUCGGCCUCCCAAUUUGCGGAGAGCUUGUGA